AUGUCGAUGUCAAUCUUCGACGGCAGUAUCGUUGGGGUGGCGUACUGGCCCGCGUUAACUGGUAACCACUUCAGUUACCGCUCGCUACAACUCCUAUUUUAUCACUCACGCAUAUAUACAUAAUAUUGUAAUUAUUAAUUAAUAAUUAAUAAUUAAUAAUUAUUAAUGAUCUUUUAAUGUACUAUAGUAGUAUAGUACGGCUAUGCGAUAUAGUGAUAUAUCAACCUAGGUAGUGCAAAAAUGCAUUCAUAAAUUUAUCUUAACUCUAACGCGAUCCGACGCGGAACGACUGUCUAAACAAAUGUCUGUCGACGAUUGCCUCUUUAGACUGUAAAAAAAUCUCGCUACUUUAUUCUUCAACUGUUGAUGCUGAAGGAAAAGGACUAGAAGCUUAAGGACCGAGCUAGUUUAAUGAAUAAACUAAAUUUCGGUUUAUUACCUACGCACCAAAGUCUCUAAGAGAUUGCCCGCCAUGUCUUGACAGAAUUGUCAUCGCCGUGUCUCAGAGGUUUGACUUUAUAAAUACGAUGGCUGACAUUACAGAACCCGUUAAAGUUUUUUUAGAAACUAGUCAAAACUUUGCUAAUGAUGAUGGUCAACCAACUGCGAUCGACGUCCUAUUUUUUGACGACAAUCCUGUGCUACCGAAUACUAUAUCUCAUUUAAAUAGAAACUCUUUGAGUACCGACAAAGCUGUGAAUAUACUACCACUGACCGAUAUAUCUCAUUUAAAUAGCGAUUUGUUAUGUAGCAAUCAGACUGUGAAUAUACCACUGCUGUCUGAUACAAAUCAUUUAAAUAGCGACGAAGCUGUGAUUACACCAGUGUCCUCUGAAACAUCUCAUUUAAAUAGUGAUGAAGCCGUGAAUACACCACUAUUGUCUGAUACAUCUCAUUUAAAUAGUGACGAAGCUGUGAAUACACCAGUGUCCUCUGAAACAUUUCAUUUAAAUAGUGAUGAAGCUGUGAAUACACCAGUGUCCUCUGAAACAUCUCAUUUAAAUAGUAACAAACCUGUUAAUACACCACUGUCUUCUGAAACAUCACAUUUAAAUAGCGAUGAAGCUGUGAAAACACCACUGUCCUCUGAAACAUCUCAUUUAAAUAGUGAUGAGGCUAUCAAUACACCUUUGCCAUCUGAUUCAUGUCAUUUAAAUAGUGACGAAGCUGUGAAUACAUCAGUGUCCUCUGAAACAUUUCAUUUUAAUGGUGAUGAGGCUAUCUAUACACCUCUGCCAUCUGAUUUAUGUCAUUUAAUUAAUAACAAAGCUGUGAAUACGUCAUUGCUGUCUGAUACAACUCAUUUAAAUAGUGACGAAGCUGUGAAUACACCAGUGCCGUCUGAAAUAUCUCAUUUAAAUAGCGAUGAAACUGUGAAUACAUCCUUGUCAUCCGAGACAUAUCAUUUAAACAGCGAAGAUGUCGUGAAUACUGUAAAUACUCCUUCCCUUCAAGAUUCAGUAAGUGAUAUGAGUGUGGAUGUUUUUGAUCCAUUAUUAGACAAACCUGCCAAUUCUAGUACUAAGCAAUUUGAAGAUUAUAAGAUCGGUGAUAUUGUUUGGGCUAAAAUUGGGAAAUAUCCGUAUUGGCCAAGCAUUGUUUGUGUUGACCCAACAUUGAAUAUUCACUAUAAAGAAAAAAAGAGAUUCUUGUUACAUGUCCGCUUUUGUAAUGAUAAAGGUAGAAGAAGUUGGGCCACAACUACUGAAAAUUAUUAUGGAAAACAUGAGUUACUCUCUAAGUAUCCCGGUUGUUUAUCCUACUUUAAAAAUAGUAAAAAGCUUUUGGAAACGUGGGAAUUGGCAGUUCAAGAAGCUGAUAAUUUGAUGAAACUAGACAGAGAGUUAAGAAUGGUUGAAUUUUUCAAAUCAUUUUGUAAUCCAGAUUCUGUAACUCCAUCCAUUCUAAAUAAAUCAUCUGAAGGCACUGUUAGUACUUUAAAAGUACGAACUUACUCAAGAAAAAGAUCUCUAACAGUUCCUGAACAAGAUCGUGAUUCUAAAAUUAUGAAGACUGAAAACAUGGCUGUACAUUUUUCAUCGUCUAGAUUAAUAGACAUUCCUUUACAGUCCAGAUCAGAUGAUGCAGAUAGUACUGUUUCUGAUUUCUCUAUGAGCUAUGCUUUUAUGGAAGAUAUAGGUUUAAAAGCAAAACAGGAAACUGUAAAAAAAAGAAGAUCAACAAAAACGUAUCCACCAAAAAGUUCUGUUGCCAAUAAAUAUGAUUUAUGUUAUUCAAUGGUGAAUUCUCCAGAAAAUAAUGAUAGUAAUAGUGUAUCUGAUACUCAAGAUAAGUGCCCAGUUACAACUACAAAAUCUUCUACUCGUUCGGUACCUGAUCAUAGGAAACUUGAAAUAAGCAUAUUAGAAGGAGAAUAUGAUCAAGAUAAUAUUAUUUUUCCAAAUACUCGGCGUUCAAAAAAAAAAAAUACUCGCUCUAAUACAGAAAUCAAUUUAAAUAAUGGUGGUCAUUCUAUACAUUUACAAAGUUCAUCCAGUUCUAAGAAAACAGUUACUAAAAAGAAAGUUACUGAAAAAGAAAACUCUUCUAGAAGAAAAUCAAACACAGUUAAAUACGAAAGUAGCCCAGAACCGGAUACAACGGAAAGUGAAGCUUCUUCUAAAAAUGAAACAUACAGUUCAGUUUUCUUAACUAGUUCAAAAAAUAAACAGCUUUUUACUAAAACCUGGAAAAGAGCAUGUGUAGUUUGUAAAAACAUCAAGGACACAGUCAAGUGCUUGGGCCCAUGUCAAAGUUAUUUUCAUAGAGAAUGUUUAAAUAAGAGUGAAGAAAGAUAUAAUCAGACUAAAGUUAAAAAAACUGGUCGCCGUAAAAGACAAUACUCAAAAAUCACACAAAAAAAUGAAGAUUCUGCAGCUGAUAAUCCUCAGCUUAUAAAUAAUAUUAAAGAAGAAGACGACACUGAUAAUUUUUUUGUAAAAGACGAUGAGAUCAAAUCUAAUGGCUUAAGGUCUUUAUCUCCAACUCAAUGUUCUAGUUAUACUAAUGAAGAAACUAAAUCACUUAAUCAAUUUGAAUCAGAUAAACUAUUUAAAAAUGAAACUUGUCUUCUUACUGCGAAUGAGAAUACUCAAAGUGAAUUAGAAAGUAUAAACGAAGAUUCUAUUCGGGAAAUAUCAGAAGAAAAAAAUGUUACUCCAAUUGUACCAAUAAAAAUAGAUGAAAAAUUACCAUUAGACAAUUUAAAAUAUAUGUGUAGUCUAUGCAAAGCUAAUAAAACCAACUGUUUUGUUUGUGGUUUGGUUAUUGACGAUUCUGGACAAAAGAUAGUUUGUAAAAUAUCCAGCUGUGGAAAAUAUUUCCAUGAAAAUUGUUUAAAAGAUUGGCCUCAAUGUCAGUGGAUUCAAGGAUCACGGAACAAUGUUAGAUGUGUUAUAUGUCCACAUCAUGUUUGCCAUUUAUGCAUUUCGGAUGACCCUAAAAGUUCAUGCAAAACUCAUUUUCCUGCUGAAAAAAUAACCCGGUGUAUUAAAUGUCCAACAGCCUAUCAUAGAAGUGAAUACUGUUUACCAGCUGGUUGUCAAGUCUUAACAUACAAUGAUAUUAUUUGCAGUCGACAUUUUGAACCUAUUAAAGUGCAAAUUUAUCAUUAUAAUGCUACCUGGUGUUUUAUUUGUGCAUUAAGUGGUGGUUCGUUAGUUUUCUGUGAUUUGUGUCCAUCUUCAUUUCACAUUAAUUGUUUAAAUCAGGACCCAUCAGCUUUUGAAGGAGGUUUUACUUGUGAAGAAUGUCAAACUGGUCGAUAUCCUCUAUAUGGUGAAAUUGUAUGGGUUAAGAUUGGAAACUUUAGGUGGUGGCCAGCUCAAAUUAUUUUUCCAAAUGAAGUUCCUGAUUCUGUAAAUGCAAUACCACAUACAGUUGGACAAUUUGCGGUCCGAUUUUUUGGAACAUAUGAUUAUUAUUGGGUGAACCGAGGACGAGUAUUUAACUUUCAUGAAGGGGAUGAUGAGAAUGUUUUAAGAAAAAAUAAUAUGAAGGUUAUAGAUAAAGUAUUUCAAGAUUCUAUUUUUGAAGCAGCUCAAGCACAUAGUGCUUAUAUUUUAGAAAAAGAAAAAAAUGAUGCUAUUGUAGCUAAAUCAUUUACUAAGCCUCCAAAAUUUACGCGAAUAAAAUUCAACAAACCCAUUGGCAACGUCAAAAAUAUGGAAUUUGAUAUUACUGCAAUGACUCCCUGUGAAUGUGAUCCAACAAAGCCAAACCCGUGUGGUCCAGGUUCCGAUUGUAUAAAUAGAAUGCUUAUGUUUGAAUGUGAACCAAAAGUAUGUCCUGCUGGAGAUAAAUGUAAUAACCAAAGAUUUGAAAAAACGUUGUACCCGGCUAUGGUCCCAUUUUUGACAAAAGGUAGAGGUUGGGGUCUUAAGACAUUAGAAGAUAUAAAAGAAGGUUCAUUUGUGAUUGAGUAUGUUGGUGAUGUAAUUGACGAAGAAGAAUUUCAAAGGAGAUGUCUGGAAAUGCAUCAAAGAAAUGAACAAAAUUAUUAUUUUUUGACUAUAGAUAAUUCUAGAACAAUUGAUGCUGGUCCAAAAGGAAAUUUAUCCAGAUUUAUGAACCAUUCGUGUGAACCAAAUUGUGUAACACAAAAAUGGACAGUGAAUGGAGAUACUAGAAUUGGACUUUUUGCUUUACAUGACAUUCCAACUGGUACAGAACUGGUUUUUGAUUACCGUUUACAAAGUUGCUCUGGCGUAGAAAAAAAACCUUGUCAAUGUGGAGCUGCAAGAUGUUCUAAAUUUAUUGGAGUCAAAGUGGAAGAAGAGAAAAAGAAAGUAAUUUCGUCUAACGAUGUUGAUAAGUGCAAGGGUUCUUCAAAAUAUAAACGAAAACCAUUAAAACUGAAGGAUAAUGUUUCUGACUCAGACAAGUCAAAAUCAUCUAAAGUAACUAGCAAUGAUCAAAACAUCUCUACGAUUGAAGUUAAGGUAAAAGCAUCUAAUGCUGAGAAAAUUGUUCUUUCCAAAAAAUCAAGAUCAAAAACAUCUAUUGGAAAAUCAUCUACUGCCUUAAAAAAUGGAAAUUCAGAAUCUUCAGAAACACCUGCUGUUGUAAAAAGGAAAUGGAAAAAUUCGGCUAAGAACGUCACCAAUAUGACCAAAAAUGACAUUUCAGUUGAUGAUUCUUUGGAAUCCGAAAAAAAUGUUAGUUCAAAAGGAAAGCUAAGGAAUGGUUUGUCUAUAUUUUCUUCGAGAAAACUACUGAUAAAAGAUGAUACAUCGGAUACAGACGAUUAUGUUAUAGUUAAAAAAGAACGACAAUACAACAGUUAUAAAAAAAAGAAUUUAAUGAAACGCGAAUUGUUAUCUCUACCAUCACCUAUCCUAAAUGAGUUAUCAUCAGCUAAAAUCUUAAAUUCUUCUGAAGGAAAAGGCAAUGAUAUUAAACCUGAAAAAUCUACAAGGCCUCAAGAAAAUUCUCGAAACAAUUUAACUAGACUGGCAAAAAGUAGACAUUUAUUUUUAUCCAAAAAUGAUUUGGGUAAGGAGAAAAAGGUCCAGCCUAUUGUAUCAAAUAUAAAAUUCAAUAAAAGAAAAAAGAAAUUGUCAAAAACAACAAAAAUUGUUAAAAACAGUGAUGAAAUGUUGUCGAGGAAAACCAUCCUAAUGAAGAAAACUAAAAUAAACAAAGACUUCUUACAGUCCAAAGCAUAUUUCAAAAACGAUUCUUGUGUGAUUUGUGGAAAAGGCCAUACAGAACUGUCAUGUAAAAACAAAAAGUGCCCCAGAGUCUUUCAUCUUAGUUGCAUUAACAAAACUAGAAUUGUGAAAUCCGGAUUCAUAUGCCCUUCUCAUUUUUGUUCUCUGUGCAACAAACGUAAGGUAGUAGCCAAAUGUAAAUUUUGUGUGGAAUCGUAUUGUGCAAUGCAUGUCAAAGGGAACAUAUUUAAAGAUCCGCUGGGCAAUGGUAUGUUGUGCACUACUCAUCAUCCUAACAAAAAAACGUUGCCAAUUGUAAGUAAUCCAGUGAUUCCUGACCUAAAUGCUGGCAGUAAAGUAAAUAUUGUCAAUAACAAUGCAGAACCAAUUGAUUUUGUGGAUCCAAGUUUUAAUAUUUCGAUAUCAGAAGAGUUGGAAGACGAUGAUGAUUCAUUGAACAUUAAUAUAGAUAGAAUGAACGAAGAAGAAUAUACACAGUCACAGGUUGUCAAAGAUGAGUGCAAUCGUGAAUAUAUACACAUUGGAGGAUUCAAUGUAUGCAAUAUGUCUGAUUUAGUCUCAGAUCAAGGAAAAAAUUACACAAUACCAGUUGAUACAGAUGGUGAUCUAUUUAAGCCGUCUUUGGCCAAUGUUGUUAUUGACAUAGAGUCUGCAUCUGCAUUUUACCAGCCUAUGGACAACUUACAAUUAGUGUCUAUUGCCACUGAUAAAGAAAGCCAUGACUGUGCCAACGUAAAUUUCAUAACUGACACCAAUCAAUCUAAAAACAAAUGGCUAGCAGCUGAACCUUAAAAUCAUGUAGUCAAAUGUCUGUUGUUUUAUUAAUCUUCAGAGAUGAAAUAUCAAUUUAAUUCGCCCUUUUAAAAAACACCUGUUACCUAAUUAGGAAAUUUUAAUAUUUGUUUUGUUUUAUUGUUUUUUUUUUGUUUUUAUCACAAUUUAUA